AGUUUGAGAAAUAUGACUGUCAGCCCUGAGAAGCAGCAGACUGGUAGCGGCAGUUCUCCCAGCAUGCCUGGGGAAAUCCUCCGCUGUCUUUAAGAAGGAUUCACUGGAGCGGACGAAGAUGGGGUGGAGAGUGAUAUUAGCUUUGGUCCACACCUUCGCUGUCCGCAGCCUCUGUCUUCAGGAGGACGUCUCUGUAAUCUCGCCACAGAACUGUUCUCUCGAUUGCAUCAUCAAGGGGAAGGCCAUCUGUGAAUACUGCAGAAUCACAAGAGAAGAUGUUUCGAUGACUUUAGGUGUCUCGACCGAGGAAAUGUUUGGGAGUUGUGUGCCCUGGCCCUGCAGCCUGUUCCUGGGGGUGCACAUCCCGACUGCGUGCCAGCACUAUGUCCACGCCCCUCAUGACAUCACUGUGGAGUUCCUGCCCAAUGACAGCCCUCUGUAUGACAUCGCCGUCAUCUCCUGGAGACCCAGCCUCUAUGGGCUUUCCUUCCUGCGAGGAUUCCAGGUGUCUCUGCAGGCUCUGGGAGGAACGCAGACGGACUGCCAGCUCUUUCUGUUCCAGAGCAACCUGACUCUGUCUGCGGCCGAAGCGGACAGGGUGUACAGAUCGGAUCCCUUCCAGCUGGCCUUGGAUGCCCAAUUUGCUGUCACAGUGAUGGCCCUGCCAGUCCCAGAGCAAUGGAGCAACUUUUACAAGAGCGAGUACUUCUCCACACGCUCCUGCCUUGAGAAGAACGGGCUUGAGCAGUGUCAGAAGGACUGGUAUCCAAGCGAUAUAAAAGUGGAGCAGCACGGACUUGACAUUGUUGUGACCUUCAAUCUCGCGCCGCCAAACCUAGGAAUCAACAAGUAUUUCUCAUGGUGCUAUGGAGGAGGGAGACGCAAUUACACAACAAUUAAAGUAAACCCCACAGCCAACGUGACCCACCACCGUUACCGACUGCUUCAUCUCGAACCAGAAACCCACUAUUCCUGUGAGCUUGCCGCUGAUGUGGUAGACGCCAUCAGGAAAACAUUCGACUUUCAAGUGAGAGGAAUAGAGGAAGAGCCUUCGUCCUUCACCACCGAUGGGUCCCUCCUGGCCUUGCUCUUACCGGUGCUCAUCCUGCUGGCCAUUUUGUCUGUAGUUUUUGUUCUCGUCAUCAACCAGAAGAAGCUCAGAGGGAGUAAGAGGAAGACCAAAGUGGCUGCAGAUGUCAUUAAGCAGCAUGAUUCCAAAUGUGUGCUUCAGGAGCAAAACCUGGUCCUUCUUGCGAGGCCUCGCCCCCCUCGACUGCUGAUUUGCUACUCAAACGUAGAUGGCCCCGCCCACGUUAGGGCAGUCAUGCUUCUGGCUGCCUUCAUUCAACAGCAUUUUGCCACACAGGUGUUUCUGGACCUGUGGGAGGAGCUGAGUCUGACGGAGGAGGGGCUAAUGAGCUGGCUGUGCAGGAGGCUGGAGGAGAGUGACUUCGUGCUGGUGGUCUGCUCCCAGGGGCUGCAGCAGGAGCUCCGGAGGAGCGCAGAGGAGGGUGCAGGGGGCAGGGAAGGAGGCGCAGCCAUCGUUGCUGUGUCUCUGAUCGGGGAGGCGCUGGCUCGGGCCCAGGCCGGGGGGCAAGGCCUCUCCAAAUACAUGACUGUUAUUUUUGACUACUCAAGAGAAACGGACGUGCCUGGAGUGCUGGGCCUGGCUACCCGCUACUCCCUGAUGAGAGAUUUGCCGCUGCUGUUCUCACACCUCCACGGGGUGGCGCUAGAGGGCCCCGGGAGGCACCUGCAGGUGGAGCACAUCUCGGAGGAGGCGUACCACAAGCUUCCUGCUGGGGGAGCUCUUCAGUGGGCCCUUCAUGAGGCUGGACAGCAGUGAAGGAAUGGAGAAGAGGAAGAUGAUGAAGCAGCAGCCCAGCCCCUUUAACGGCUCUUCCUCUCAGCAGCGUAGGAUAAUCCCUACGGGACUGAGCUCCUGACCUGGAGGCUGUGGCGUCCAUAUGAAUGAACCACACGUAAAAAUUUAAUCUCUGUAAGUCGCUGUGGAUUCGAGCGUCUGCCUGCAACCUUAAAGUAAAUGUGAGCGCCCGAGUGUUUCUCCUCCCUCACCUCCUGUUUCACCUCCUACACAGGAGACCCAGGGCCAUGUACGGUAACAUUAUAAACCAGGGCUCCCCCAAACAGGGCUCCC